AUUAUUCCAGACGACGAGCAAGUGAAGGCUCGGCGGGGAUUGGGCAUCACAACUGGAAGUGGAAGUACCGGGUCUCUGCAGCAAUCAUCAUCAUCAUCAUCAUCAUCAGAUCACAGCACGGAGCAAUGCCGCACCCGCACGAGCACCGGACAUGGGAGGAUAUUGCCGCACGCAAACAGCAGGAGCGACUGACUCGGAUACCUGCUCAGUGGCGUCUGCAGCCUUCUCAGAUUGCCAGCUGCAACGAUGCAAGUGUGCUCGAUGCUCCUCGUCGACUCGACCUUCUCACCGACGCUGAGCGGAGCAUCACCGAGAAAUACUCGGCCACCGGCCUCCUGCAAGAACUGCGUUCCCGGAACCUCCAGUGCAUCGAUGUCGUGCGCGCGUUCUGCAAACGAGCGGCGAUAGCCCAGCAGCUCGUUAAUUGCUGCACGGAAAUCCUGUUCGACGAUGCACUCGCACGUGCUGCAGAACUGGAUCGCUACUUGGAGCGGACAGGAAAGACAGUCGGCCCUCUCCAUGGCCUCCCCAUUUCAGUCAAAGACUGCUUCAAAAUCAAGGGCUACGACGCCAGCGUAGGUAUUGCAAAUCUCUGCUUCCAGCCAGCACAGGCCCAUUCCGCACUCAUUGAGCAGCUCUUGUCGUUGGGAGCGGUGAUCUUCGUCAAGACCAAUGUCCCCGCCACCAUGAUGGCGCUCGACUCUCACAAUAACGUCUUCGGCCGGACCUUGAAUCCCGCCAACAGACUGCUCACUGCUGGGGGAAGUUCCGGCGGGGAAGGUGCUCUUAUCGCUAUGCGUGGUUCCAUCUUAGGCAUCGGCACUGAUGUGGGCGGGUCAAUUCGUAUACCUGCAGCAUGCAAUGACUUGUGGGGCAUCAAACCUUCUCACGGUCGAGUCCCAUACUCUGGCCAAGAGAGCGGUCAAAAGCCUGGGAGCAGCAAGCUCGCAGUGGAGGCUACUGCUGGCCCCAUUGCUACCAACCUCGGCGACUGUGAACUGCUUCUCCGCGCAAUUGCCGAUGGCACUCCGCAGGAGUACGACGUGGAGGUGAUUCCUCAAGACUGGUCAAGACAAAUCUGCUUGAAUACCGCGGGGCGCAAGCUUCGUGUCGGACUGAUCGGCACUGAUGGCAUCUGCCCUCCGCUUCCAGUCAUUGAUCGCCUGCUGGAAGAUGUCAAGAAGACGAUCCAGUCUUCCAAGUGUGGCGUGGAAGUCAUCGAGGUGAAUGCAGCACCCAUUCUCUCCAAGGUGCUCAAAGUGUUCAACGGCCUUGUUUCUAUUGAUGGAGCUAAUGCGUGGUUUGACCACCUCGAACGAACCGGCGAACCUUUAUCACCAUGGCUGCAAGGCAGACUGAAGAGACGACCACAAAAGUCGACAGACGAAAUUCGUGCCCUGCAGGCUCAGAAGUCUGAGCUGCAGACUGCGUUUGACAAAGUCUGGCGGGAAGAUGGGGGCUGCUGGCUCACAGCAGACGGCAACGAGAGCGAACGUGGCCGAACCCUCGACGUUCUCAUCAUGCCCGUCGCUCCACACCCCAUCCUACCUAUCGAUCGCUGGAACACGGUCAACUAUACAGGAGCAUUGAACUUGCUCGAUCUGCCGGCGGGCGUGUUACCAGUCCGCAAUGUCGUUCGCGAAGAUCUUGCUGGCGAUGUCCCAUCAUCACCCCCAUUGAAUGCGUGGGACAAGAUCAACAGAGAGCAUUGGACAAAGGUAGAUCGCAACAUCUAUCUCAACAGUCCCCUCAGUGUGCAAGUCAUCACCCCGAGACUUACAGAGAGGAAGCUGAUAGAGGCCAUGGCUAUUCUGGACGAGGCUCUCCGUCCGUUGAGAAGUACAACUACUGACCAACGAGGUAGUAGUAGCAAGCUAUAG